CUCGCUCCACUCGGUUUUUGGGUGUGUCACGCGCUUAGAAAUGAUCGCGAAAGCUGUUGUGUUGCUGCUGUGCUGUGCGGCCGGAUUGCUCCGUGGCGAGCCAGUCCGUUACGAUAACUACCGCGUGUAUGAAGUGGCGAUCGCUGACCAGACGCAGCUGGAAGCUCUCCAGCACCUGGAAAGCUUCCCGGAUGGUUACCUAUUCUGGGAGUCGCCAGUGCAGACGAACAUGAAGAUUAACUUGGUGGUGCCACCGCACAAGUACGCCGAGUUCGAUGAGCUUGCCAUCCAGCUAGCCCUUACGAAUCGGUUGAGGGUUCCGAAUCUCCAACAGCUCAUCGAUGCCGAGAGCCCGAAACGAUUGCGCCGUGCGUUCGGAUGGGAAGAGUAUCAAACGCUCGAAGAAAUCUACGCCUGGAUCGACGAGAAGGUGGCCGAAUUUCCUUCGAUCGUGUCCGUGGAGACGAUUGGCCAGUCGUACGAGGAUCGUGACAUGAAGGCAGUGAAGAUUUCGUACAAGGAAGGCAAUCCCGGUAUCUUCAUCGAGUCAAACAUUCAUGCCCGCGAGUGGAUCACAUCGGCUACCGUCACUUGGCUGAUGAACGAGUUCCUUACCUCGACGGCGCCGGAAGUACGCGAGUUGGCCGAAAACUACGAUUGGUACAUUCUGCCGGUGGCGAAUCCUGAUGGGCUUAACUACACGAAGACCACUAACCGGUUGUGGCGUAAGAAUCGCUAUCCGCACAAUGUGCUCUGCUACGGUGUGGACAUGAACCGUAACUUCCCUGGUCAUUGGAUGGAGGGCGGUGCAUCGGCUGUUCCCUGUACGGACACGUACGCCGGACCGGGGGCAGGUUCCGAGAUCGAAACGCAAAACAUCAUGAAUUACUUUGUGAGCGUGAAGGAUAAGGUGAGCGCCUACCUGUCGUUCCACUCGUACGGUCAGUACAUCCUCUUCCCGUACGGCCAUCGGGAUGCGGAGUACUCGGAAAACUAUUACGACAUGAUGGAGAUGGGUGAGGCGGCCGCUGUCGCCAUUUCCCAGCGGUUCGGUACGCUCUACGAGUUCGGCACUACGGCUGAUGUGUUGUACAUUGCAUCAGGAUCUUCACCGGAUUGGGCUCACGGUACGCACGGUACCCCGGUUGCCGCUACCUUCGAGUUCCGUGACAAUGGCGAGCACGGAUUCAUUCUGCCCCCGGAUCAGAUCAUACCGAACGCGAUGGAGGUGUUGGACGGGUUGGUCGCGUUCGUCCGCAAGGGCAAAGAGCUUGGCCACUUUAACGCGUAAUUGUUACACUGUAAUCGAUUUACCUAGAUUAGAUUAGCGAGGGAGAAGUGCGAACAGCGGUCGCAAUUGAUAAAUCAUAAUAAUAAACAUUACGGUGCCAUUGAUAAUAGUGCUGACACAUUGCUACUGAA